CUCGGCCUGUAGGGGCUGAACCUCAGCCAUCUCAGGUGGCCUGGAAUCCCCCGUCUGCCCCUGCAACACACACUGAAGGCAACAGUUUUAUUUUUGGAGUGGCCACGGGCACGGUGGCUCACUCCCUAAGGCUCUGGUUCACUCCAGGAUGAGACGGCCCUGUGGCACUCUGAGCCGGGAUUAACAAGCAGAGAGCAUUUUGUCCCGACAGCCGCUCGCCGAAGCCUGACCAGCUGAGCACAGCCUGUCCCCACUUUUGGAGUCAGACAUGCUGAUGGAAGUCAGCUACAGUAACGGGCUGGAGCCGGACCUUUCCCAGCAGUAUCCUCCGGCCUUGCUGCCAAAACCAGGCAAAGACAAUGCACGGCUUCAGAAACUCAAGAAGAAGAGAACCAAGAAAAAAGGCAUUCUCUCUCAGACGCCCGUCCCCUUUCGCUCCUGUUUGUCGCCUGUAAACGAAGCGAGCACGGACCUCGAGCACAGCGACCAGUCCAGCCCAUCGAGGACACCAGAAUCAGUCACUGCGGACUCAUCACUGUCCGGUUUCCCCUCAGGUUCCCGUUUCGAUCACUCUGCAUUUCCUCAUCCUCAGAUCAACCCCUACGGUCAAACUGGGAGCUUCCCCCCUCAGCCUUACACGGCUCCGAUCAGGGCUUCUGAGGAGCUGGUGGCUCCACUGUACGAGUGCUCCUCUUUAUUAUUCGAUGACGAAACCCCUUUCAUGAUGCCACCUUCAGCUUCACCAGCCACAUCACCACCUGAGCAGCUGCCCGCACUACCUCUUCAUUCUGCUUUUAAUUUAAACAAGACAACAAGUCCCCAUAGCUCAGUCACAACAGUCUCUGCUGCCACUGUGUUGCAAUCCAGCCCUAAAAUAUCAACUCACAGCCUGACCCUAUCCCCAGCUGCCCCCAACUGUGUCCCAGGCCCGGCACCUUCUCAAGUUGCAGACCUACCUCCUGUUCCUGUCCUGCUAUCACUUUCAAACAACCAGACACCUUUUGUCCCGAGCCAGAGGGAGACAAACGCCACUUUAAAGGACAGCCCUCAAACUCAGAUGUCGUCUUGGAUUGCCAGAUCCACCAGUAAUGGCAACCUUGCUCCAAACCAGAUGCCCGCUGAGAUAACUGCCUCAAAAAUAUCGCUUGUUGAGGCGGUGAAAGAGUCAAAACCUGACUCCCCACAAUCCAGGAUUUAUACCUCAAAGGCAACAUUUUAUGAGAUCUCUAAACCCCCCUCCAUGCAGGACCUCACAGUAAUAAACCCUACCUACCAUGGAGCAUCAAUAAAUAGAGACAAAACAAAAGUGCCGGUCUUGAAAACUGAUCAGAAAAUGUCUGUAACCAGGACCCAAAGUGGAAGACCUAAGACUCCCUCCGGCAGACCGUCUCAAAUAUCCACACCCACUUUUGAAAUAUCCAGACCUAACCCGCUUUUAUUUGCUGCAAGUCCUGAUUUACAAGCUCCUGCUAUUGCUAAAGAGACUCCACAGAAUACAUUAUUAAUUCAAGCUAGUGUUAAACAUAGUAAACCUCUUACUUCCACAGAAGAGCCGAAGCAAACUGAUGCUAAUCAAAUAACUUCCAUCAAGCAAAGCAGCAAUUACAAAGAGAUAGAGAACCAGCACACCCGAAGGAGUACAAUUAAUUUAAGUGUUGCCAAUACCGAACUGUAUCCCAGAGAGAAUUUAGCAUCAAGUAUCACUGCACCUGGAUCUGUUGUGGUCAAACCAACAUUGAUGGAACCUGUCGAACCACAGCUAAAAACAGACCAAGUUGCAGGGAGGGAAGCUUCAUCUUUUCCAAAGGUUCCAUCAUUUCUGUCAGUUCCAAACACCUCCAAUCUCAAACCAACACUGGUGAUUUCAAUGCAAGCACCAACAAGUCCAAGCCCCCUGUCGACCACAAAUCGUCCUCCUGUGUUUGAGGCACGCAAAUCCUUGUCAUCCUUAUUGGAAACUCAAAUGACGUUAGCGACCUCCAAGCCCAAAUCCCGAUCGACUUAUUAUGGCCUUACUCCAUCUGAGUAUGCUGCCUUUGGUGGAUUUAGGAAUGUAGCAGCACAUCACAGCCCUGUUACCCGCAGGUCUAAAGAAACCUUGUCAAACCAGUCACAGUCGGAAGUAGCAGUUGAUCCAUCACACAUCUCUAAGUUUGAUGCAACAAAACAAAUCAAUGGAAAGCAAGAUCUUCUCUCUUCAGUGGAGGUUUCUGCUGCUCACGCUUUACAGUCUCUGUUGCCUCCAACAGAUUCACAACGUCCAGAGGAACUGAUGGUCACAUGUAGAAAAUAUCUGUUUGAGGAAAGUCUCUCAGGAGCUCAAAGUUUUGGAAUACAAUCACUUAAAACAUCUAGUGUGAACACUUUAAAACCUGAGUUUCCUCUUGGCUUGUCACAGAAAACAAUGCAGCAAUCCACAAGUGACGUGUCCACACCACAAGCCUCAUACUCUGAGGCCCCAAUACCUACAGCAGGUGAGGUACACGCACAAAGUGCAGCACUAUUUUCCAUGGCUAAAUCACUAUUUACAACUCCAUGCCUGACUGACAGCAGUGGAAAGUUGGGUUCUUACUCAACGUUAGUCAAAGUAGAUCCAAAUGUAGAUACACAGCUGAUUGCAAAAGGGAAAGAUGCUGAUCAUGAGAACCGGGUUGUUCAAUCUCUUGCUACAGAGAAAGGGCUCAAAUUUUUAGGGAGUGUCAUCACAAAUGGUGCGUCCAUCUUAGGAACACAACAAAGCACCAAACUGGCGUCAGAAACACUGCGGCCCAGUAGAGUGGCUACUGAAACCGUCGCACCUAAACGGAGAGAAGUAGUUAACCAGCAAAUCAAAGCAAACAGGGAGGAUAUUGGACCCAACAAGACAAACAGGGGAAACAAUUUGCCUUCUAAUGCUGCCGGUACAGAAUGUGUACCUGACAAAACAAGCUCUGAGCAACAAUUCUCGAAUAUAUUCUCUAAAGAACCAGAUUCUGCUAAGACAGUGCCCAUGCUGCAACAUGAGCCAGUUACAGCUUAUAUAUGUUCUGCACAGUCCAACAUCCUCGGCGCCAAAACUCAAACUUACAGUCAAACUGUUGAAAACAAGAUGAACUUACCCAGAACAGUUCUCUCGUUGAUACAACCUCAAGCACCAACCGUUGUAAACCCAUAUCCUGAAAAUACUACACCACAGAGUAAACCCAACCGAGAACCCAAACACCCAGGCCUGUCCAUCACUGCAAGCAAAUCGCCCACUAUAUCAGACACUAAACCAUCUGUCAAAAGUGAGACAGAACAACCAAAAGUGCAAACAAGAGAUCCCCAAAAGACAAUCAAAAUGAAUGAUAGUGUACUUCUUAACACACAGAGUAGCAUGAGAACCAUUGGCCAAGAUAAAGUUGUUGAAGGAAAAAGUUUCAACACAAACUCAAGCAAAACGACGGUAGAAAUUAAACAAGCCAAUGAAACAAGUCUUAACAUAUCUGCUAAAAAUGCAAUACUCUUUAGUCAAGCUAGUAUAGAUGCCAAACAACCAACUAAUAGUAAUAUUAACACUAACAGGGUCAGCAGCUCAUCACUAGACCUCCACAACUUGUUGUAUCCACAACUCAACCGUGAAAAAGUCAGUUCACUGACAGCGAAAGUGGAAGCAGAAGAAAGUAAAUUAAAACAAGCUUCAAGUCUUUCAACAGGAAAUGUAGAGCUUACCUCACUGAGUAGUGAAACCAAGUUAUCAGACCAACAAGGAUUAAUAACUGUUAAUAGGUUUUCCACAGACACAUUCUCACCUGGACAACCAGGAGGUUUAGAGGCUGUUCAUCACCUCAAACCUGUUGCAGAAACUGCACAGUCAAACAGAUCUAGUUUUGGCAGCAAUGCUCACGGGGUUACUGAAGCUAAACUCACCAAAAAGCCCACAACAGAAACUAUUUUGCCAAUCCUGACAGAUCCAGCAGAGGGCAGUAAACCAACAUUUAAUACUGGACGGGUCAGUAGACCAGGAGUGCCGUCGAGCCCAACCAUGAGGCGAGUAGCACCGAGGAGCCCUCAGCUGAGAUCAGAUAGACCUGGUAGUCAGUCCACAACUAAAGUACCCAUUGAUGAAAAAUCUCUUUCUGGCUCUUUUGCCCAAACAAGGGUCAACAUUAACUCUGAUGGAAAACACAUAUCCAACCUUCUCGCUGACCAAAGGUCAUCGGAAGCAUCCUCACCUCAAGUAACUAAAACUGCUGUAAAAGAACAAUCACCUUUAAUCAAGCCAAUUACUGAGAGUAAAUCUGAAUCAAGUCCAACUCCAAGAACUAAGCACUCUGUCACAACCAGUGCCGUGUCAACAUCUUCCAUCUCCACUGGUUGUAUAACAGCAGACAUAUCUAAAGUCAGUGUAGAACAGCAAAUCAUUACAGUGCCAGGUCAUAUCAUGCCGUCCCAAGAGAAUGUUAAAACUGUAGUGAGCUCUCAGUCUGAACUGAAACUGUUCCGGCAAUCUGUCAUUGAAACAAAGAAAUCUAGCAGCCGCACUUUAAAUAGUCAAACCUUCUCACAAGCUGCUGUAAAUACCUAUGCUGCAACUAAUAUUCAGAUCCUUAGUGAAGCCAACAGAGAUUUUAGAACCCCUGUUAGCCCUCUUACAGUAACUAAACCUUGGACGGAAACAAGAGCUUCCCCGCGGCCCGAACCACGGGUGAGGAGCACACCUAUACGAACAUAUACUCCAACCAUAGUUCAGGGCUCUCAAACUCCUGUGUCUUUAAACAACACAACAGAAACAAUACUCUCGUCAGUCAUUAUGGCAGAACAGAUUACUGCCCAGAUUACACCUCUUCAAAAUGAUACAUGUACAAGUGCUGUUCCGUCUUUGGCAAAGACUUUCACAGAGUGUAUCUCAAAACCAGAAAUAAAACCAUCCAAGGACACUUCAGUCCCUGAAGUAAAAGCACAUUCCCCAACACAACAAGUGAAAUCAAACAUAGCAUCAAAUUCUAGUAAGCAGGGAGAACUCCUUUCUACAGAUCCUGUUUUAACCAGUAAACCCACCUUUAAACCAAAACAUCCCAUUAAACAGAUAGAGUCAAGAACCUCCUCUGCCACUGUAGAAUCAAAACCCCCAGUAGUAAAACAAGAUGUAAAGUCAACUCCCCCCGAUCCGGUCCAGAUUAGUAAUGUUCAGUCUUCGUCAGAGCUCCCAGUGCAGAACAUUUCUCCUGCAAAGCCAGCAACAGAUUCUGACAUGAAACCAUCCAUAGUUAAAGCUGCUGUGAUUGACUCUGCCACUCCUGCCUCUCUGCCUCAGGCCUCAGUCUCAGUCAAAGCUCCAUCACCAAACAGAGGAACAUCACCGUCAUCUCAGCAAAAAGCUGGACUCAAAGACAAGGACGUUCCGAAGACCAAAAGGACUCCUGCACCGAUGAACGCCCCAGCAGCCGAACCCUCCACGAAGUCAACGACAUCAACUGCAUCUUCAAUUGCUGAUAAGAAGGUUGUUACAGCAGAGACACCCCCUCAAUCGGCUCAGCCAAGAGCUGUCGAGAAGCCCAAAGGCCUUAAGGGUAGGCUCAGCGGAUGGACACGGCUCAAGAAACACAUGGUUGUCGAGCCAGACGAACCAGAGUUUCCACAGAUUGAGGCCAAAUCUCAGGUCGUCGACAGUGGCAGCAACGAGACAACAGAUGCAGGUGGUAGCGAUAAAUCGGUACCUGACAAGUGUGUCAUUCAGGAUGUGGUCAAGAACACAGAAGCUCCUAUUGCGUUGAAGAUGUGGGACGCCCUCCUCUUUCAUAUGUUCUCCACAAAAGAGCGUAUAAUGCAACAGGUCAACAAUACCAAGAAGGAUUCAGAAGAGAAAAAGGCCUCGAAAGACAAUCAGGCAGAAGUCCCCUCGUUUGUCAGUCGCCUGCCAAUUUUGCUCUACAGUCCCCGAUUUGACGCCAGGAAGCUUAAAGAGGCAGCGGAGAAGCCGCUCACCAAAAUAUCCGCUGUGUUUGAAAGGGGGCUGAUAAAACGCAAGUCUCAGGAGGACGAACACAAGGACUUCAACAGAAAAGCCAGAGGAUUUGGGUCGUCGAAAAAAGUGGAUAUGUAAAAUGAACUGAAGCUUUGAGAGUGAAGAGUGAUUUUUUCUGGUCGGUGAUUUAUUGUGAGAUCGGUGCAAUGAUCUCAGCAAACUCGAACGAGAAGAAACACAUCGCGAGAAUCUGGAAGAAAACAGACGAGAAACAAUUUCUGCAAUAGAGUUAAUUUUAUGAAUCAGUUAUUGAUUCCUGCCUAACCAACAUCUACUGUUUUCUAAUUGUUUGAGCAAUAGUAUUUCCAUUGGUAAUUUAAAAUAAAAAUGUCUUUGUAAAAUGGAUUUUUGCAUAUUCUCAGUAUGCGUUACCCGUGAAAACGUCAAGAGGUGAUCCAGGGCGUCUUUGCACUUUUGAUGCUGUGAAAUAAGGAAUAUGAAAAAAAGACAAAGACAGCAAAGAACUCUGAAACUCUACUCGGUUGGAUUUGUCUUGUUUCAUUUGAUGAUGGCGUAGGUUGGAUGUGGUGUUGAAUGAACGAUCUGUAGAAACUCUGAUAAAUUAAAUUAAAUUUGUCAUGCUCCACCUUUUUCUAUUUUUUUUAACGAAGUUGGGCUGUUAGCGUUCACUCCGCUGGUAGGCAGUGUUUUACCUCUGUAACAAAUAGGGCUUUUACAUUCCUGGAACAACAGGGCAGAUGGGUUUAGAGGAUGAAGAUGGAAUGAAGGUUUGAAGUCUGGUCAGAACAGAUUAAGGUUCCUGAAAGUCGGGUGUGGAUGGAAAUGUGAUGGGAGCAGAAAAUACUGAGGCUGGUGCAUUUUGGGACGAAGCAGCGAGGUUCCAUAAACCAGAAAGGUUGUGACAGCAGCAGAAAGAUCUAUGUGAAAGUGACAUUUCAUGGCUUUUGAGGCUUUAGCAGGUGUUAGCAUGUUGCUAUAGAAGCUGUUGUGUUGUUUUCCAUGAGAUGACCAUCAUGAUGUGGAAUUUGUUUUAUAAGAGGGGACUUUAUAAGCUAACUAUUGCCCCAUUUAUUACAUUGAAGCUUCAUCUAUGUAUUUGUUUACUGUGUGAUUUAAAAAAUGCAUAAAGCUGAAA